UUACACCUCCCGUCAGCAAGGUCAGUUGCGUGAAUUGGGCCUUUUUUUUUUUUUUUUCUUCUGCCCUCUCCACAAUGGAACAGCGACAACCCGCUUCAUUCUACGAAACCCCAGGGUUCUGUACGACGGAAUUCGCAAAGUCUGGACAAUGUCGUCCGGCCUGACGAGCUCCACGAUGCCUGAGACUUGCAGCCCCGCGCCUUAUGGCAAGGCCUGCGUUGGGUGUUCGCGCGCCAAAUGUAAAUGCUAUACCAUGUCUAACGGCAACGGAAAGUGCGAGCGAUGCCAUCGGUUAGGUAAAGUCUGUGAGCCUCCCGUUCCAAUGCGCAAGAAGCGCAAGGCUACUCAGCAUUCUCCUCAACCAUCGCCGUCGCAUCCUAGUGCGCUGGCCGAUUCCGACUUGGAUUCUUCCUCCACUGCUCGUCUAGAGGAGAAAUUGGACAGCCUCGUGUCGCUACUGCGGUCUCAAGGGGUUACAACCGAUCAAUCAUCUGUGGUUCAGAGCAAUGCUGUCAGCUCCUCCGCGUCUCGGGUUUCACCCGGCUCGGAAGCCUCUCGCACAUCUCCUGCCUACUCGUGUGAACCCACCGCAAACAACUUUCCGAGUGUCAUUUUGGAGGCCAGUGAUAACAAUAUCAGCAUGAUACGCACCUCACAGUCGUCUGAAAACUCGCAGACUCUGCAGUUGGUCAUGGAAGACAUUGCCGCCCACGUCAAUAUGGGACCUGCUGCCGACGAGCAGUUUGACCACUUUCGCCGCUGCUUCCUCGUCAUAUUCCCCUUCAUUCGGAUCCCGCCCUCCAUGACGUCUGACGAACUGCGGCAACAGAGCCCUUUUCUUUGGCUUACCAUCAUGUCCAUCACCGCCAAGUCCUUGGCUAAGCAGUUCGCCAUGGAGGAGACCAUCUGGUCCAUCAUCUCGAAACGGGUCGUAACCCAGAGGCGGGCAAAUAUGGACCUGCUGCUCGGGCUUAUAUGCUUCACUGCGUGGUCUCACUACUUCAAGCAGGACAGACCCUUCCUGGGAAUGCUUUCUCACCUCGCAACUUCCGUGGCACUUGAGCUCAACCUGCACAAGGACGUCCGCACAAACGUCUCGUGGCGCGGCAAGUUUGGUCGCAUCUGCUCCGAGCAAUCCCAGAAGCAAGUUCCUCGCACGUUGGAUGAGCGGAGGACUAUGUUGGCUGUUUGGAGCCUCACAAGCUGGUACUGGGCAGCAUACCGCAAGGCAGAACCCAUGACUUGGACCUCAUACUUGAGCUCAUGUCUGCGCGCCCUGUCCGAAAACAGUGAAUACGACCUCGAUCUGGUCCUUGCCGCGCACGUCAAGUCUCACCUCAUUGCCAACCAGGUAACAUGCUCUUCCCCGGACGACGCUCUUGGUGAAGGCGAUGACCCUUCCACUGCAACGCCCCCAUCAGUCUUGAUCAAGGUUCUCCUACGUCAAUUAUCGGAUAUCCGCCAGUCCUUGCCGCCACACAUACAGACGCACAAGACCGUGCAGCUCAAUCUCCUGACGGCCGAACUCACCGUUCGAGCAACCUGCCUCAACGUGGCUACGUCCGAUACGAAGGAACGAUCCUCUCCCGGGGGCACCCUGUGCAUCCAGCGCCUCCGAGACCUCGAGGCGACUCUGAUCACCACCGAGCGCUGGCGUGACGUCUUCUUCAACGAAUUCUCCUCGGCUGAUUUGGUGGGCGUCCCCACCGACAGCCUGUCGCAGUUCACGCUGUGCAUGGUCGUGGCCUUUCGGCUCACCAUGGUAGGCGCCGACGGCGACGAGCCCGGCUGGGACGCCGAGGAGAUGCGGCGCCGCAUAGACGUCUUUGGCAUGCUCGACCGGGCCUACGAAAAGCUCUCGCGGGUCCAGAACGACGCUGGCAUCGUCGCCGACUUCCCCGGCCCCCGCUUGGGCAUCUGGCAAAAGUCGCCCAUGAUGUUCCGAAUGAUGAAGGCGUUGCUGAUGGCCGAGUUGCCGCCCGGCAUGACCCUCCCGGGAAUGGAAGCAGCCGCGGAGGAGGCCGGUCAGCACCAGCACCAGCAGCCCGCGAUGCGAACGCCCGAGAGCAUGGACCAAAGCAACGAGGCGGGAGACAUGUUCGCCGGGAUAAUGGUGCCUGACCAAGUCGUCAUGACCAUGGCCGACGAGCCGUGGUUGUCGGAGCUCUGGGGUCCCAGCUGGGACACCGGACAGCAAUCCGCAUUUUUCCCUGUCGAUUUUUCGUUUACGGAUCAGAUGUGAAAGAACAUUUACGUUUUCUUGUGGCCAGCCCGCGGCAUGAUAUCAUGUUUUCCUAAUACUUGACACGAAUAAUGAAAGUUUCUCAUAAAAGAUGACAAUAUUAGAUGUUCUUCUAGAGAUCUUUGGUGCCAUCCACCCCCCACGGAGCUCAUUUCUCUUCGUUAACGGGUGGAGCCGGGACCGUCCCGGUCUGUCAAUCACCCAUAUCCCUGCUAUUGAGGGAGGGCAUGGGACGCCCUGAUGAGUUUUUGAAACUUUGUUUUCCGCGCUGCCUGCAUGCCUUUUUUCCUGUUGGCAAUUUCAAGCCAAUGUUUGGGUCAGGGCGGUGUUAGGCCUCGCGUUUUUUUUUUUUUUUUU